AUGCUGUGCGGCCGCUGGAGGAGCUGUCGCGGCCCUCCAGAGGAGCCCCCGGUCUCGGCCCAGGUCGCGGCGCCCAUCGCGCGGCCGCCCCAGCCCAAGGACAGCGGUACCAAGAGGCCAGGACUGCUGGCGUUGAAGAAGAUGGGCCUGACGGAGGACGAAGAUGUGCGCGCCAUGCUGCAGGGCUCACGGCUGCGGAAGAUCCGCUCGCGGACGUGGCACAAGGAGCGGCUGUACCGGCUGCAAGAGGACUGCCUGAGCAUCUGGUUCCAGCGGCGUAUUCCUCGCGCGCCGUCACAGCACAUCUUCUUCGUGCAGCACAUCGAGGCCGUCCGCGAGGGCCACCAGUCCGAGGGCAUGCGGCGCUUCGGCGGCGCCUUCGAGCCCGCGCGCUGCUUCACCAUUACCUUCAGAGGCCAACGCAAGAACCUGGACCUGGUGGCACCCACGGCCGAGGAAGCGCAGCGCUGGCUCCGCGGCCUGGCCAAAUUGCGCGUGCGCCUUGACGCCAUGAACCAGCGGGAGCGACUCGACCAUUGGAUCCACUUCUAUCUGCACCGGGCAGACUCCAACCAGGACAGUAAGAUGAGCUUCAAGGAGAUCAAGAGCCUGCUCAGAAUGGUCAAUGUGGACAUGAAUGACAUGUACGCCUACCACCUCUUCAAGAAGUGUGACCACUCCAACAAUGAGAGGCUGGAAGGGGCUGAGAUCGAGGCAUUUCUGCGGCAGUUGCUGAAACGCCCUGAGCUGGAGAAGCUCUUCCAUCAGUACUCUGGGGAGGACCGUGUGCUGAGUACCCCUGAGCUGCUCGAGUUCCUGGAGGACCAGGGUGAGGACGACGCCACACUGACCCGUGCCCAGCAGCUUAUCCAGACCUAUGAGCUCAACGAGACCGCCAAGCAGCAUGAACUGAUGACUCUGGAUGGCUUCAUGAUGUACCUGCUGUCGCCCGAGGGGGCUGCCCUGAAUCUGGCCCACAUGAGCCUGUUCCAGGACAUGGACCAACCCCUCGCACACUAUUUUAUCUCCUCUUCCCAUAAUACCUAUCUGACCUAUUCUCAGAUCGGGGGGCCCAGCAGCACCGAGGCCUACAUCAGGGCCUUUGCCCAGGGAUGCCGCUGUGUGGAGCUGGACUGCUGGGAGGGCCCAGGAGGGGAGCCCAUUAUCUACCAUGGCCACACACUUACUUCCAAGAUCCUCUUCCGUGAUGUGGUUCAGGCUGUGCACGAUCAUGCCUUCACGCUGUCCCCAUAUCCUGUCAUCCUGUCCUUGGAGAACCACUGUGGCCUCGAGCAGCAGGCUGCCAUGGCCCGCCAUCUCCGCACCAUCCUGGGGGACAUGCUGGUGACAGAGGCACUGGACUCUCAGGACCCUGAGGCACUGCCAUCUCCGGAGCAACUGAAGGGCCGGGUCCUGGUGAAGGGCAAGAAGCUGCCACCUGCUCGGAGUGAAGAUGAGCGGAUAUUAUCGGACAGGGAAGAUGAGGAGGAAGACGAGGAGGAAGAGGAGGUGGAGGCUGCAGAGCAGAGGCGGAAGCAGGCCAAGCAGAUCUCCCCAGAACUGUCUGCCCUGGUGGUGUACUGCUGCGCCACCCGCCUUCGGUCCCUACGCCCAGGGCCCACGCAGGCCCAGCCCUUCCAGGUCAGUUCCCUCAGUGAGCGCAAGGCAAAGAAGCUCAUCCGAGAGACAGGGAACAGCUUUGUCAGGCACAAUGCUCGUCAGCUGACCCGCAUCUACCCUCUAGGGCUGCGGAUGAACUCAGCCAACUAUAGUCCCCAGGAGAUGUGGAACUCAGGCUGUCAGCUGGUGGCCCUGAACUUCCAGACACCUGGCUAUGAGAUGGACCUCAAUGCCGGGCGCUUCCUCACCAAUGGCCAAUGUGGUUACGUCCUGAAGCCCUCCUGUCUGCGCCAACUCGACACAACCUUUGACCCCGAGUGUCCUGGACCCCCCAGGACCGUGCUCACCAUCAAGGUACUGACAGCACAGCAACUGCCCAAGCUGAAUGCAGAGAAGCCCAGCUCCAUAGUGGACCCCCUGGUGCGCGUUGAGAUCCAUGGGGUGCCGGCAGACUGCGCGCACAAGGAGACUGACUAUGUGCUCAACAAUGGCUUCAAUCCGUGCUGGGAACAGACCCUGGAGUUCCAACUGCGGGUUCCAGAGCUGGUGCUGGUCCGGUUUGUGGUGGAAGACUAUGAUGCCACCUCCUCCAAUGACUUUGUGGGCCAGUUUACACUGCCUCUGAACAGCCUGAAGCAAGGGUACCGCCACAUCCACCUGCUCUCCAAGGAUGGGACCUCACUGUCACCGGCCACACUUUUUGUCCACAUCCGGAUCCAGCACUCCUGA